GCGAUUACACUUGGUCGCAGAUUGGUGUUGUGUUUUGGCGUGUCAAGUUUUUGGCGCCGUUGCCGGGGAACCCUCUAGGUUAUUGGGGAAACGUGAGAAUUUGUUACUCUAGCUUUUAUUUUCUGCUUUUUAUUUCUUCCACCUGUGUGCCUUCACGGGUUGUUUCUGCUGAUUGUGUGCAGGUAGUGCAUGACCCGUAGCCAGUCGGGAGAUCUACUACCACUAGACCAGGAGCUUGAACGAACCUGCAGAAACUUCAAGCGGGCUCUAAAGGCGCGACUGGCUGCGGAGGAGGCGCUAUCACAGCUGCAGUUAGAGGAGGAAGAAGAAGAGAUGGCUGAACCAGGGAACCAUGCUGUGAUCCCCGAGGAGCAGACCAUGGGCUCCUACUGGACCGCUAGGGCUGCGGACAUGAGGUCACCCAUUCAGCACCCUCAGGUCCCAGCCAACAACUUUGAGGUGAGCACCUCCGUGAUCACCAUGCUGCGCGGUUCAGUAGUGUUCCGUGGUAAGGAGGGAGAGUGCCCUCGAUCACAUCUCAGGCGAUUCCACGAGCUCAUCGAUGGAAUCAAGAUCAAUGGGGUACCAGCAGAUGCCAUCCAGCUGAGGUACUUCCCAUUCACUCUGGAGGGGCAGGCCAAGGAGUGGCUAGACACUCGAUCUCCGGGCUCCAUCACCACGUUCGCCAACCUGGCGGACAAGUUCCUCACCCGCUACCAUCCUCCAUCCAAGACAGCUGACCUGCAGAAGCAAAUUACACAUUUUGCUCAGGAUGAGGAUGAGACCAUCAGGGAUGCAUGGGAGAGGUACAACAGUCUUUUCCUCAGGUGUCCCAAUCAUGGUUUCAACGAUGCGUUCAAGGUGGGCACCUUCUAUCACGCCCUCUUCCCGGAGGACAAGCAGCUGAUCGAUUCGGUUUGUGGCGGGAACAUGCUGACCAAAACCCCGCCACAGCUGAAUCAACUCUUUGAAGAGAUGGCGGAGAAUGGUUAUGAUUGGGGCACUGCCAGGAGAUCGAGGAGAGCACCAGGCCGGGGUGUGCAUGCUGUGGGCACCCAGUCCUCCGAUUUGGUGCAGGUAGUAUCGAAGCUGGUCUCAGCUAUCGAUUGUUCCGGGAUGAUUCCAGGGACCGGACAGCAGCAGGCGAUGCUCUGCCAGUGGUGCGAGAGCACCCAUCAUAUGGUGGAAGACUGCCAGGCGAUGAAGGAAUCGACCACACCCCAGGAGCAGGUGAACUUCAUCAACAAUGUCAGGCGCAAUGACCCCUACAGCAACACGUACAAUGAGGGGUGGCGCCAGCAUCCUAACUUCUCCUGGGCUGGGCCAAAUCCCAGACCACCAGCUCCACAGGGACCACCGGGCUUCCAGAGGCCACCAUAUCAGCCCAGACAGGGGCAAUUCCAGCAGCCAGGUGCAGCCCCUGCUGCCCCAGUGCAGAAUGAUCAGAUGGCUGAACUGCGGGACUUGGUGGGUUCUCUUGCCAGUGUUAGUGCUCAGAAAUUCAACACCUUUGAGCAAUUCAUGAAGAAGGCCUCGGGUCAACUCCUGGCUCUGGAAGCUGGUCAGAGGAAUACACGGGCUGUUUUGCAGGAUAUCCAGACCCAGCUGGGGAGCGUGGCCCAGGCAGUGGCUCAAAGGGCUCCUGGUACUCUACCAGGGCAGACCAUCCCUCACCCGCCGACCCCGAAUGAGCGCUGCAAUGCCAUCAUGACCAGGAGUGGCAAGAUGACUGUUGAUCCCCCUGCUCGGGAACCGGAGAAAGAAAGCCCUGUCUUAGCGGCUUCAGCGGUUGAACAGGAAGUAGAGAAGGAAGUUGAGGUGCCUGCACCUAAACCGCAACCAGUAGUGAAGGAGUAUGUCCCUAAACUCCCUUUCCCUACUCGGUUGCACAAAGACAGGCUGGAGGCAGAGUUCGAGAACUUCAUGGCCAUGCUUAAGAAGCUGAAUGUCCAAGUGCCCUUCCUGGAGGCACUAUCGCAAAUGCCAAAGUAUGCGAAGUUUCUGAAAGAGCUUCUCUCAAAGAAGCAGAAGCUGAGUGAGCUGGCCACGGUAGAGCUCAGCGAGGAAUGCUCGGCUAUUCUGCAAAACAAGCUUCCGCAGAAGAAGAAGGACCCAGGUAGUUUUACUAUCCCGUGCUCUAUUGAUAAAUUGCAUGUAGAGAAGUCCUUGGCGGAUUUAGGUGCUAGUAUCAAUGUUAUUCCAUAUAAAUUGUUCAUGAAACUAGGCCUAGGUGAACCCCGUGCUACUAGGAUGACCCUUCAAUUAGCUGACAGAUCUGUAGUGCAUCCUAGGGGUAUAGUGGAAGACCUUCUGGUUAAGGUUGGCAAAUUCACAUAUCCCGUGGAUUUUGUUAUCUUGGACAUCAGUGAGGACACAGAAGUGCCUCUUAUACUGGGAAGGCCUUUCCUGGCCACCGCCAAGGCUCUCAUAGAUGUGCAUGAUGGGACCUUAGUUUUGAGGGAUGGCGAGGAGCGAAUAACGUUUUCUGUUGCUGAUACUAUACCUGCUUCGUCACCUCUGCAUGCUGUAUCUCACCAGGAGCACGAGUCUGUCGUGUAUCCUUCUGUGCUGCCUAUUUUGCAGGAACCGCCUCCCACACCUUCGCCGCCACUCCGGACCACUCCGUCACCCAAAGAACAGAUCAAGGAGGAGUGGCGGCCGAAACUGCAGGCAGCUAAGCCUGCUCGAAAGGAAGCCGGAGACCACUAUGAGCUGGUCCCGCCCCCUCCUUGGCCAUCCGAGUAUUCACUCGCUUGCAUCCUACCGGAUGGCCAAGUUGAGCUGGCGAAUGCAGGUGGCCACAUUCGUCGCGUGCAUGGCCACCAUUUGAAGCUGUACCUCAAGAGCGAUGUGGAUCCGCUCUUGAAGGCACCUGAUCCUACACUUCCCUGAGCAUCCAUACUGGCGUCCAGCUAAAAGACGGUAAAGAAGCGCUUGUGGGGAGGCAACCCCACCGAGGUUUGCAUUUUCUUACUCUUUUUCCUUUGAUUUUGUGUGUUUUUGAGUCUUGGGACGUUGAUCCAGAGUUACGUGUCGUUUUUGAGCGAAAACAGGUUGAUUUCGCGACUCCAACAAGUCGCACGGCCAGGACCACAACUUGCACGGCCGUGCGGGAACCCCCCUUGGCCGUGCGAGCUCUCGGCCAAAAGCGCACGGCCAAAAGCGCAUAUUGCACGGCCGUGCGCCCGUCCUGGCCUGACCGUGCGUCUUGCACGGGCACCAUAAUGCCUCGCAUGGCCGUGCGGGUAUUCCCCCUUGGCCGUGCGAGCUCUCGGUAAGGAUGGCACGGCCAUAUGUGCCAGGUGCACGGUCGUGCGCUUCUCCUCGGCCAGGCCGUGUCGGCUGCACGGGCAAAAACCAGCCUUGCACGGCCGUGCGCCCCUGCCCGUGCAGCAGAUGCACGGCCUAUUUUUAUGGCCUGCACGGCCAUUGUGGUCAGAAAACUAAAACCACUCGCCGGAA